UCUUCACCCUCACACUCAAUCUUCUCCUCUAUCCCUUCAUUCUCUUUGUUUUUUUUUCUUCUCUUUGCUGUGAUCUCUCUACUAGAUCUAGUUCUAAUAUCACCUACCAAGAAAAAGAGAAAAGAAAAAAAGAAUCUAGCUUUACUUUUAAGAAUUUUGAAGAAAAAAAUCAAAAGAGAGUAUAACCAUGAUUUUUUCCUCCAUCCAAGCAUAUCUUGAUUCAUCCAACUGGCAACAAGCUCCUCCGAGUAAUUAUAAUCAGGGCGGCGAAGGAGCCUCAGCAACCGGCGGUCAUGGUCUUGGUCCUCAGCUGCAGCCACAAUCUCAGCCGCAGCCUAACGGUAGCGGAAGCAGUGGCUCGAUCCGCCCAGGAUCGAUGGUGGAUAGAGCAAGACACGCAAACGUAGCCAUACCCGAAGCCGCACUGAAAUGUCCAAGAUGCGAAUCAACCAACACCAAGUUCUGCUACUUCAACAACUACAGCCUCACUCAGCCACGUCACUUCUGCAAAACCUGCCGGAGAUACUGGACACGUGGCGGUGCCCUCCGCAACGUCCCCGUAGGUGGUGGCUGUAGGAGAAACAGGCGUACAAAAAGCAGCAACAACAAUAACAACAGUACCGCCACUAGCAACAACACAAGCUUCUCCUCCGCGGCCUCCGGGAAUGCAUCAACCAUCAGCGCUAUUCUCUCCUCUAACUAUGGAGGAAACCAAGAGAGUUUCUUGAGCCAGAUUUUGUCUCCGGUGAGGCUAAUGAAUACUACUUAUACUACAGAUAACAACAUGAGCUUGUUGAACUGUGGAGGAUUGAACCAAGACUUGAGGUCAAUCCAAAUGGGAAACUCUGGUGGCUCGCUUAUGAGCUGUGUUGAUGAGUGGAGAUCGACGUCUCAUCAUCAGCAGCCGCAGAGUUUGGGAGGUGGAAACUGUGAGGCUUCUUCUAAUACUAAUCCAUCUUCAAAUGGCUUUUACCCUUUUGAAUCACCGAGGAUAACUUCUGCUUUAGCGUCGCAGUUUUCUUCGGUUAAAGUUGAAGAUAAUCCUUACAAAUGGGUUAAUGUCAAUGGUAAUUGCUCUUCCUGGACUGAUCUUUCUACUUUCGGCUCUUCUCGUUGAGUUCAACAAAAAGAAAAACAAAAACAAAAAAUGGGUACUUAUUGAUGAAAAACCCUAGUUACAACUUAUUAGAUGAACUUUGUCUUGUUUUACGUUUUUGUUUAGUUUAUGUUGUUUGUGACUUCCCUCUUUGUCGACCUAUGGUUCUACGUACGUAUCUUAAGUUGUUGGGUGUGUCUGAGACUGUUCCUUUGUUCUUUUUGUCAACACUGUUAAUUUGUUAUCUUUGAGUUUGAUACAUCUGGUCUUAGUUUCUUAAAUGGAUCUAUAUCUGUCAAAUAAUUAAAAUCAUGAUAUGUUGAAUGAGUUAACUUUAUUUCUCACCAGGUUUUU